CCAGAGCCAACAUUGCUCAGAAGAAGGAGGAGGAGGAGGGAGUCCUCUGUUCUGUCACAGUCUGACUCUGACUCUGAGCUGUGGACUAGUCGGCUUGCAUGUGUCUGUGCAGCUCUGACAUGCUUGCUUGCCUUCUAAUAAACUGAACAUUGCAUCAUUUGUGUUUGUGUAGAGAAGACAAGCUUGCUGGACAUGCUGAACCCAAAGACACAUUGCCCGGCACAACAUGCACCCAGCAGUUCUCCCUGCAGAGUCCCCAGUACAAGACUUCAGCUUGAGCACUGAGCAACAUUCAUGUGCACUGUAACCUACUGUCCUGCACCAAAGGAAUUGCCCUGCUGUUAAUGCUCUGGAGAGUCGCCAGUUGCUUUUGGCACAGACACCCCGACUGGAGGAACACUCAGUUCACACUGGUGAAAUGACAAGAGGAGUAGAAAAUCAAUUGAUUUUUUUUGUAUGUUUUUCCUGCACUCUGGAAACUUUGGCACGUGUCAUGUUUAUAUGACUUUCAAAGUUCAACUGUCCUGCACUGGGCAUUAAAGGAACUGCCCGAGUCUCCUGGCACUGGACUGGCACAGUAGCCCCUGCAGGACUUUUUAUUUAACCCUUGGAUGUUCUAAAAUUGUUGCCGUGUUCUUAGUGGACAUUAUUGUGCUGGAAAAGUAAAAGUGUUCCUGCAGGAGUAAUGGAUACGUUUGGCAUCACUGUGCAGAAGAGGGCAUCAGAGUUGGAGCAAAUGGCUGAGGUUCUGAUAAUUGGAGAACAGCUAAGGCUGCGGCUGCAUGAGGAGAAACUCAUUAAAGAUAGAAGGCACCAUCUGAAGACCUACCCUAACUGCUUUGUGGCCAAGGAAGUGAUUGACUGGCUUAUCGAGCGCAAAGAAGCCUCCGAUAGGGACACAGCAAUAAAACUUAUGCAGAUAAUGAAUGAUAAUAGUAUUAUCCAUCAUGUCUGUGACGAAUACAAGGAAUUCAAGGAUCUCAAGAUAUUUUACCGGUUUCGGAAAGAUGACGGAACACUUCCACUGGACCAAGAAGUCAAGGUGUUCAUGAGAGGACAGCGGCUCUAUGAAAAGAUCAUGAAUUCCGAAAACACACUUUUGCAAGCCAGAGAAGAGGAUAGCAUGAAAUAUGAACGAACGUUUGUGGCUUCUGAAUUCAUCGACUGGCUGAUUCUAGAACAAGAAGCUAAAACCCGUUUGGAAGCUGAGCAGCUCUGCAGAAGGCUCCUGGAGCAUGCUAUAAUCCAGCAUGUGGCAAACAAGCGCCAUUUUGUGGACAGUGAGCGUCUCUAUCAGUUCAGGUUAAACUUCAGGCGAAGGCGGAGAGUCAUGGAGCUUCUGAAUGAGAGAUCCCAGCGCAUGGUGGAAAGUCAUGACAGCCCUUUCUGUCUGCGCAAACAAAGUCACGACAAAUCAACAAGCUUUCUCUCUGUGAGCCCUACAAAAGAGAUAAAGAUUGUGUCAGCAGUGAGACGGAGCAGUAUGAGUAACAGCAACAGUGGAGGGUAUUUUGCUAACAGCUCCACACUGAGCAGCAGCCCACCUGUAGUAAUGUGCAACCCAAAGUCAGUGCUGAAGAGGCCUGUGACUCUGGAUGAACUUCUGGCUCCAGGAGCCCUCUACACGAGGAAGACUCUAACUAUUGUCAGUGAUGCAGUAGGAUGGGGGUUUGUUGUCCGAGGGGAUAAGCCGUGCCAUAUCCAAGCAGUUGAUCCGAGUGGCCCAGCUGCUGCGGCAGGAAUGAAGAUCUGCCAGUUUGUCGUCUCGGUGAAUGGUCUCAGCGUUCUGCAUUGUGAUUUCAGAACAGUCAGCAACCUCAUCCUCACUGGGCCACGGACUAUUGUCAUGGAAGUUAUGGAGGAGCUGAACUCAUGAGCCAAACGUCUGCGGAAGGAUAUGGUGGGGCUUGACUCCAAAUAUACCAAAGUAGACACAAAACAGCAAAAUCAAUGUGAUUGUGUGUGGGCAGAGCCCUACUGCUGCUCCUGCUCAUUUGUUUCCAUUACAGGCAACAGAAUCAAACGAUGAAAACUUGAAAACCCAUUGCCAUAGCCGUCCCUCCAGUAAAUAAGCUGUGCUCUGUCUUUUCUAUGUACUGUAAUCAAGUGUCUGUGUGUGGAUAACAUACAUGGUUUACUUAUAAUGAAUGUCUUAUACGUAUCAAAGUGCCAUUACAUAAGUGAAUGUA